GAAUAGAGCAAACACGGAAAUAUUUAGACAGUGUAAUUUAACACACUUAACCAGCACACUUUAAUUUUCUUAAUUAUCGUCAAUUACAGUGUUCAUAUGGCUCUCUCUCACAGCCAAACUUCUACUUGAUGCCUCAGUGAAGUUGUUACUCUGUUUAGGGCAGAACAGUCAGUCACCAUUAUCAAGUUAUAAAAUUAUUCUCUUUGAUCCUGCGGGGAAGUUAUAAGAGUUAGGAAAAGAAUAUACAAAGCUUUGUUUAAAUACAAACACUUUGGAAAACAGUUAACGCCAACUGUAAAAUGUGGAAGGACAUUUUUGUUUUCAAAUCUUGUAUUUUAAUUUCAUACUGAUAUGGAAGAUGCAAAAAUUCCCUUUAAUCCAUCUUCCAUCAUCAUUACAGGGGCCCCUUUUCUGUAGUCCAUGCAUUAAGAUAUUUCCAUGUCAUUAUGCAGGGCUCAAAAUGAAUAUACUAUUGUAACAGUUUGAAAAGCACCUCAUCGCAUUAUAGCUCCAAGUCACAGCAUAAAGGAAUUGAAGGGAGACAGCAUUCUCAAGAAAACACAAGUUAGAUAAACAAGAUUAUCUGGGUUUAUUAAAGAUGAAGACUAAAGCGGACGUACAAAAAUAACCAUGAAAAUUCAUCAGCCCAUUUAUCUUGCAGUAUUGGUAGGGAUGUAAAAUCCAGUGUAAAAAGUUAACAGGUUAACAAGUGCGGGGGGGGUUGGGGGCGGGAGAGAGAAGGGUGGCUGCUCCAACUAGGCUGGGCCAGCAGUAAGCAGUUAACCUUUUACAUCCCUAACACUUAUUUUCCAUAAGUGGCAUUUUUGUUUGCCUUAUGUCAAGAGUACCUUUCCUCUAAAUCUGGUUGAAUGUGUGUUCCUGAGACACAGUGACCGGGCAUCAACAGUGUAGAUGAACAGCUUUACAAGCUUUCCCAAGGACAGUUGUAUCAAUUAAUUUUAAUUCUAAACAUGCAACAUCACUGUUCUUGCCUGGAUGUUCUGUGGCAUGGAUUCUCAGCAGAACUAAUGUGAGAUUUUUUUCCUGUGAACAGAAGUUAACUGGUGACUGAAGUGAACCAUCAAACUCCUCAUUAGACAUCAAACCUGAUUUGAGCCCCAGGCUGAAGUACAGUGCAUAUAGUAUUAUCGCCACAAUCUCCAGGAACAAUAAUCUGCAGUUCUGCUUAAAUUGCGAAAACGUGAUCUGAAAGUGGGGGAAAUAAUUUGAUUCUAAGAGAAAACAGCUUUCACUUUUUCUUCACUUGCAAACAAAGUUUUAUUUUUUCAGAAAUUUCUUGUCAUUAAGUAAUUCACCUCUCCGAAGAAAAUUCUUAUGAUUUAUCUUCGCUUCUCCAUAUUCCAGCAGCGUCCUCCUUUUCCUUCUUUACUCUAAAGACAAAGAAGGAAUGUAGCUCUAAAAUGCCACAUUUCACCUAGCUGUAUCAGUUGCUAAUCAACAUUCUUCUACAACUACUCAAACAGAAUGUGCUCAUUCCCUAUUAAAGUUCUUUUAUGUGCAGGAAAAUACAAAAUGAGCAAGAGCUAGCCUUAAAAGACACUUUACAAUUCUAGCUGUACACUGCUUGAGGCUGUCUGAAUAUAGCAAGCAGAACGUACUAUAGAAAAAACUGAUUAUAACUCAUUCUUACUCCAUGAAUUGUAGAGAUGAAGUGUUCUUACUGUUGAUUUUUCCUCUAGCAAAAGUUUAACAGGUUCACAGUAUGUGCCAUAAUGCUUUAAAACAGAAAAGCUUCUGGAAAACCCAAACAAAAGGAACGUCACCAGGUGACGUCAGCCUAUAUACAGUUCUGUGUGGUCGCAGUGCAUAAGCAAAUCCAUUCUUGUAUCGUUUCACUGAAAAGCUUUUCAGUAAAUGCACUCAUGCUACUACAGGAGCUUCUCUCAGCAAUAAGCCACCCAUCUGCCAUCAACAAGUUAAGACUAAAAGAACCCACAGCUGCGGAAAAAGAACGUGAGCUUCGAUUAAGCCACUGAGCAGUCACGGGCGAAGGAAAAAAAACCAACAACUUAUAUUCAGCAUUGAUUCCACAAUUACUGACCUGUCACAUGAAAUCAAGCCACUGAAUUUAAAAGGAGUAUUUUGAGAGCAUGGUGGAUUCAGUCUUAUCGAAGGACACUAGAAAACAGUAAAUUAUUCAAAGGCUGUCUUACAUUAGAGCCUUUUACAGACUCACUGUGUUGAGUCUGAAACUACGACUGAAUGCAACCUCCAAUGUACUCAAAAGAAUGGGCUUACAUUUCAAGUGGCCAUUAGGGGCUCGUAUGCUGGCAGCACUAUAUGCAAUGAGUAUGGUUUUAAAAAUGCUGCCUGCCUUGGGCAUGGCUUGUCCACCAAAAUGUCGCUGUGAGAACCUGCUCUUUUACUGUGACUCUCAGGGGUUUCACUCAGUGCCAAACACCACUGACAAGGGCUCUCUAGGUUUGUCACUGAGGCACAAUUAUAUUUCUGAACUUGAAAGGGAUCAAUUUGCAAGCUUCAGUCAACUUACUUGGCUUCACUUAGACCAUAAUCAAAUUGCAACAGUAAGAGAAGAUUCUUUUCAAGGACUGUAUAAACUUAAGGAAUUAGUCCUAAGUUCAAACAAAAUAUUUUAUUUGCCAAACACAACUUUUAGCCAACUACUGAACCUGCAAAAUUUGGACCUCUCUUUUAAUCAAUUAUCCUCUCUGCAUCCUGAGUUGUUUUAUGGACUUCGCAAAUUACAAACCCUGCAUUUACGUUCCAACUCCCUGCGGACUAUCCCAGUCCGCCUUUUCUGGGACUGUCGUAGUUUGGAGUUUCUGGAUUUGAGCACAAAUCGCUUGCGAAGUUUGGCUCGCAAUGGAUUUGCGGGAUUAAUCAAAUUGAGGGAGCUUCACCUAGAGCACAACCAGCUGACAAAGAUUAAUUUUGCUCAUUUCCUACGGCUAAGCAAUCUGCACACGCUCUUCUUGCAGUGGAACAAAAUUAGCAACUUGACGUGUGGGAUGGAGUGGACCUGGGGCACCUUAGAAAAGCUGGAUUUGACUGGAAAUGAAAUCAAAGCCAUUGAUUUGACUGUUUUUGAAACUAUGCCUAACCUUAAAAUACUCCUAAUGGAUAACAACAAACUAACUACCCUGGAUUCCAAGACCUUAAAUUCACUUACAUCCAUAACUACAGUGGGCCUCUCAGGCAAUCUGUGGGAAUGCAGUCCAAAGAUAUGUGAUUUAGCCACAUGGCUGAGUGGUUUUCAAGGUCGGUGGGAGCACUCCAUCCUGUGCCACAGCCCCGACCACACCCAAGGAGAGGAUAUUCUAGAUGCAGUUUAUGGUUUUCAGCUUUGCUGGAAUUUAUCAACUAUUGUUACAUCCAUGCCUACAAGUUACAGCUCUCCAACUACUGAGUAUACAAAAAGAAUAAGCUCAUCACAUUUCCACAUGGGAGACAAAGAAAUUCCAACUACUGCAGGCAUAGUCGUUACUACUGAAGAACAUUUCACUGAACCAAACAAUACCAUCUUCACUCAAAGGGUAAUUACAGGAACAAUGGCAUUAUUGUUUUCUUUCUUUUUUAUCAUUUUUAUAGUGUUCAUCUCCAGAAAAUGCUGCCCUCCCACAUUAAGAAGAAUUAGGCAGUGUUCAAUGAUUCAAAACCACAGGCAACUCCGAUCCCAAACACGGCUACAUAUGUCUAACAUGACAGACCAAGGACCAUAUAAUGAAUACGAACCCACCCAUGAAGGACCUUUCAUCAUCAUUAAUGGCUAUGGACAGUGCAAGUGUCAGCAGCUGCCAUAUAAAGAAUGUGAAGUAUAAUAUCUACAAUUCAUCAAAAAUAAACCAGAUAAGUAACCUAUUUUAAAACUGUAGGGGACCUACAUAUAAUUCUAAUUUUUACAAAUGUUGACAAAGCCUAAUUUUCCAAACUACUUAUGGAAGAGUUGUUUUUGGAGUCGUGCAGUAUUUAAAGUUUUUUUUUAAUAAAACCAUAUUUCCAGUGUUAAAGCAAUGAUUACAUUAAAUUUGCACCCCCUAAUGUUUGACAGUCUAAGAUGACAUUCACCUCAAAAAUACGUAUAAUGUUUCCUGUUAUGUAAUUAUAUAACUAUGUGUAAACAUUUAUACUUAAGUCUCCAUAGUCUACUUUUUCUAAUGAAAAUAGUCUGGAUGCAAAGUUAGAUCUAUGUAUAGAGAUCUCAGAGGGAACAGGCAUUACAUUUGUUCCAUUGUAGUUAUAGGAUCACAAACAUUUCAGUUGGCUCAGUUCACUUUUCGAGGUAGACUUGCAGGAGGAUUUUCCUUCUGUGAUUGUACAUUUCAGAGUCAGACUAUCAGUCAAUACCUGAGAAGAAUGGACAGGGGAUUUUUCAAGUGUAUUGGAGAGUGGUGAUUUGAAAUACUGUUUUCCUACCUCCAUACUGACAGACUGACUUGCCUAAAUGUAUCUUUGCUAAAGCUCACAGCAAAUUUACAACACAGCAGUUUUAUACAAAGUGACUCUCCAAAUGCUUACAAAGUACUCAACUGCUUGUGGAGGAAGGCUCAAUACAAUGCAAUCAAUUCAAGUAUUACAUGUGUUUAACUCUUAUUAGAUCUCUGGUUUGACUUGAUAAUUGGCAUAGCUUUUCGAAUAAUUGAGACAAAUUACUUGGGACUAUGAAUAAAGGGUAUUUCAGCAGCUUCACCUUAUGUGUCAAUACCCUGGAAAGCAAAUUUUUGGGUAAAAAAAGGGGAGUAGGGAGGGAAGAAGCCUCUCCUCCUCCCCACAGCAGUUCUCAUCUUGCCUAGAAGCUAUUUUCAUGCACUAACAAGACUGGUUUCUCUGGAGACAGAAUGAGCCCCUGCAAUGAGCUUUCACAUACCCUUUUCUUUUGAAACCCCCAUUCGUCUUAAAGUCAAAGUAGUUAAACAUUUUUAAUUGUUCAUUUGGUAAAUCGUAAUUAUCUGAAAAAAACCAGUUUAUUGAAAAAUGUUUCAUUUUAUACUUUAAGUGAUAAUGGAAUGGUAUUUAAGGUCAUAUGCUAUUUUCAUUGUUUUUUAAAUAAAAAAAGUUACCUUGGAAAUUCAUUUUCUUUUAUGCAGAAGUAGCAUGUGCUAUAACACUAUUAUGAAAUUAAAUGUAAAUACCUGGAGAUCUAUGCAGCCACAGUGGUAUCAGAUACCACAAAUAAAAACAGAAUUAAUAUUUUGAAGAAUAUUGCUCAAAUAGUAUAAACUUCAACCAAAGGGGCAUUUCGAUAUACACAUUUAAAAAGGUAUUCUGUGUCAAAUGCUGCAGUGUUAGAAAAUUAGCAGCACAUGCAGCUGAAGAAAAAAUUUCUCAGUGUGGACAUACCUUGAAUAAAUCAGUAAUUAAAUUCUGUGUUGUACCAAACUGCUAAAAACUUUUACAACAGUCACUGCAUAAGUCUGUUAGCUUCUUAUUCAACAUUGCACCCCAAAUAGUUGGUAAAUAUAAUUAUACAAGAUUGUGUUUUAUGAUAAAAGGAAUAGGUCUUGGAUAAGUAGGGGGCUUCAAAUAAUAUUUUUCAUAAAUAUUUUAAAUUGCUUUUCAUAUUUCCACAUGCUUUCCAUUACCUUUAAAUUAUGUGAAACUGCAGUGUCCCAAAUUAGCAAAAAAAACAAAUAUACAUUUUCUUAUUCUCUGGGAUUAUGUAUUCGGUUAAGCAAAGAACAUUCAAUAAAGACUAGUUUCCCAUAUUUUUAAUCAACCAAUAUUCUGUUAGAACCAGAAUACAGACUGAUUAUCUUGCAUUACAUCAUCCUAACUAUUACUUUGAGGCACAUAUAUAAUACCAUGUAUGCAUAGAGAGGAAGUGGGUAGUAGGAGGAGGAGAUACUGCAUGCGGGAUUUAAUCCAAGAAAGAAGCUCAUCUCAGUUGGAAAAAAACCGUAGAUUUACUGGCACCAGGUAUAUUCAAAUACUUAUGAUUAAGGAUUUAUUUCACCUUACACAAAUAUAUUAAGUGUUUAUGGCUCACUCUACGUCUAAGCUUCAGUCUUGCCCUCCAGUAUGUUGGCAGGCAUCACUUUUAUCUGGUUAAAAAUCUGUGCUAUCUGUGCAAGCACAAUGUAUCAGCUAUAGUGGUGUAAAUUUUGGGAUAUUAAAGGGCAGGAUCAAGCCCCUUGAACCUGUGAUGUGCAGCCUUAGGUGCAAACAAAUGUGUUUAGGAAUUAAAAUUGCUGAUCUAAUGACUGGAAGAUAGCUAGUCUGACCCCGAUAUUUAAAAAGGGCUCUAGAGGUGAUCCUGGCAAUUACAGACCAGUAAGUCUAACGUCAG